AUGCCAAUGGCUGCAAUGUUUUUAAGAAAUAAAUUUGUCGGAUGGUUUUCUUUUAUACAAAGUUUCCACUACAUGUUAAAUAUAUCCGAUGAACAAUUAUCUGUUUUGAAAAAUAAUCUGGCUAAUAAUCCAAACAAUUUUUUAGAUCAGUCACCAAUAUUCAAAAUUAUUUUAUGUUUCUUUGGUCUAGUUGUUUGUUAUCUAAAUCUAAUAUUCCCACAAGAUCUUCAACAACAAUCAAAUAAAUAA